GGAACUGUAAUCUCUAUUGUUCAACUCUAUUAUAAUUAACAUGAUAAUAAAUAAAAAUAAUUGUUGAUCAAAAAUAAAUGGUGUCCGCAAAUGACUAGUGGGUGUGAGUUGAUAAUAAUAAGUGGGUGUGUGGUUGCGGUGUGACAAAAUUUUAUAAAGAAAAAUCACAUCAUGAAGGAGAACCGUCAAAGAUGGUUACAAGCCAUUUGGCCGCUGAUAGCAGUUCUCUGUCAUCAAUCAGGUUGCGCAGCUAAAAGUGGUAAUGGCGGUUCAGUGAUAGAGCACCAUCCAUCUUCCUACUGGGAGCAACCUUUCAGUCAACCCUACUUUGACAACACGACCAAAAGAGAAACAACAACAACAGUCGGGCAAUCUGCUUACUUAUAUUGCAGGGUUCGCAAUCUUGGUGAUCGUGCUGUCUCGUGGAUCCGUAAACGAGAUCUUCAUAUUCUGACAGUCGGAAUUUUGACGUACACUAAUGACCAAAGGUUUCAAGCGAUGCACAGCGAUGGAAGUGAUGAAUGGACACUUAAGAUAACAUCACCGCAAGUCCGUGACAGUGGGACAUACGAAUGCCAAGUUUCAACAGAACCGAAAAUAAGUCAAGCUUAUAAAUUAAAUGUCGUCGUGUCAAAAGCAAAAAUUGCUGGAAAUUCCGAGCUAUACAUCAAAAGUGGAAGUGAUAUAAAUCUUACUUGCAUCGUACUACAGACACCCGAACCACCAUCUUUUAUCUACUGGUACAGAGGUGAGCAUGUGAUAAACUACAGUCAACGAGGAGGAAUCAGUGUCGUGACAGAGAAACAAACCAGGACAUCGCGUCUGUUGAUUUCUCGGGCACUCCCAACAGAUUCUGGCAAUUACACCUGCGCUCCUUCUACAGCAGAGUCAGCCAGUGUCCUAGUACACGUACUUAAUGGAGAACAUCCAGCGGCAAUGCAACAUGGGAAUUCCAGUAAUAGUGGGGCAGCAACUUGUACACUAGCACUACUACUGCUUUUUCUUUAUGCUGGCUCUUUUGUAAGAUGACUGAUUAGUGAUAAUAAUGAUAGUUAUUAUUAUUAUUAUCAACUCUAAUAACUUUUUAAAAGACAUUUUACUUUAAAUUGUGGUGCA